AUGACAUUGAGCCACGCCCGCUUAGCUGGUGGCUGGGACGCUUGCCUUGUCGAGGGACUGGACUUUGGUCUCGCCGAGGUAGAUGCUGCCAGUGAGCUCGCGGACGAUGACGAAGUCGGUGCCCCAGCAGGCCCUGGCUUGAAGGGG